AUGCCUCGAGUUACUCGUGCUACUGCCGAGCGUGAGGCAGCGUUCCUGGAGGAAAGCCUUGGUGCAGAAAGCCUCUCAUCUCCUCUUGCAACACCCUUGGCAGGCAACGGAUACAAGAAUGGACAAUCAACCCUUCUCGAAAUCAAGGCUUCGAAAGGCAUAGGUUCUGGUGCAAUACUGCCGAGUCCCACACCAAGUUUCCCUGCCAAGAGGAAACGGGAGACAAGAAAAACCGUCCCUGAGCCCAUUACGGGUGGAUGGGACGUCCUUCCUCAUGGACUUGGCAAGAAGGGUGAUCUGGCUGAUAGAUCGAACAUUGACCAGGUAUUAUCUAAUGAGGCCCAACCUACACGAGCUGGCAAGCGUCCCAGACAAGGAGACAUUGCAAGGGGCGCUGAUUCCUUGAUGCUCGAGGCCAAUGGAGACAGAGUCAAGUCGGAGCAUUCUACCAAUGAUGCCAAUCUCACACAGUUCCUGAUGAAGGUCGACGGUGCCGAAAAUCGUGAUGACCAGAAGUCAACGCCAAAAACUCCAGUUCGUAGCGGACGUGGUCGUCGCCGUGCGGCCAACACUGUCAAGAUCGUAGGUGAGGAUGGAGAUAUCAAGGACGAGGCUUUCCAAGAGGACAAGCCGAAGAAGAAACGAACUCCUCGCAUGAGGAAAGUUUUCGACACCUCAAAAGAUGUUCUCGACAAGGUCGAUGAGCUGAUUGACGCUUCUGGAAAUGCAUCCAAGAAGAGAAAAAAGAAACACCCCUACGGUCUUACACCAGGCUAUUCGCCAUUUCUGGGACAUGCCAUGCCUACUCCUGACGCUUGCGAGGAGGUUAAUCGGUUGCUUUCAGAGCUUCAUGGUGCUGUUGAACAGCCAAAAGUGGUCCCACCACCAUCCAUGGACAUUGCCGGAUGUGGCGAAGUUCCUGACCUUCUUGAUGCUAUACUCAGAACAAGAUUGAGUGCAUCAACCACGGCCAACAAUGCAAACUUGUCCUUGAAGGGUUUGAUCGAUAAAUUCGGUUUGCGAGCCUCUGGUGUUGGCAAAGAAAGCGUGAAUUGGGAUGCAGUUCAUGAAGCCGAUCUCUCGGCCGUCAUCGAGUCAAUCAAGUCCGGCGGGUUGGCGAAGACGAAGGGCACUGAUAUAAAGAAGAUCCUUGAAAUGGUCUAUGAGCGGAACCGUAGUCGUCGUGACGAGUUGCUUAAGGAGAAAGAGACUGGUGAGCCGGCAGAUGCCCUCGGAGCAAACCAUGAGACGCGAAGACAAAAGGAUGUAGAGCUCACAAGGUUCGAUGAGUCAUUGCUUACAAUGGAUCAUGUUUUCGAGAUGACAACGGAUGAGGCCAUGGAGGAGAUAACCAAGUUACCUGGCAUUGGCGUCAAGACGGCUUCGUGUGCUAUCCUGUUCUGCAUGAAGCGUCCAAGCUUUGCUGUCGACACUCAUGUUUGGCGCCACUGCAAGUGGCUUGGAUGGGUUCCUGAGAAGGCCACGAGGGACCAGACAUUCAGUCAUUGCGAAGUUCGGGUGCCGGACCAUCUGAAAUAUUCUCUACACCAGUUGUUCCUCCGUCACGGUAAGACUUGCGGCAGAUGCAGAGCAAAUACCAGUGCUGGAACGAAAGAGUGGGACGAGGCCAAUUGUCCGAUUGAGCACCUUGUUUCCCGUAACGAGGCGAGAAAGCAGCCUGGAGGAAGUCCAAACAAGAAGACGAAACCCAUUGUUGGAAAGAAGGGAGCAAAGGGCAAGAAAGGCAAGAAGAGUGAUUAUGACGAAACUGAGGAGAGCGAAGCUGAAGUUGAAGGCGACGUCCCAAGUGAGGAGAGCGAGGCUGGAGAUGAUACUGCUGGCGAGGAGAAUGAAGUUGAGGUUGAAGAUGGCGGAGAGGCUGAGCAAAUUGAUGGUGAUGAGAAGAUCUGA